CCUGCCUCUGAGCCGAAGACCCAGGGGUUUGUCGUGACACGUCUGAACGGAUUAAAAUAAACAGAAAGAAUUCCAAAUAUUUGAGCCUUUGAAAACCAUCGAUGCCGAACAGCUUUGAAAUCAGUGAUCAAAAAUAAGAACAAAGUGGGGAAUUCAAAAAAAUUAGAGAGAAAAUCCUUCUGUAAGGACAUAUUGGAGAAUGUCGGACAUAUUGCUCAGAAACUGCAGCGGUGGUGACCUGCAUAAGUUAAGAGGCAGAGUGGAUGACCAUCUUUGUAAAGGAAGGGCGAAAGGAGGCAGCGUUGACGACCAUCUUAGUAUAGGAAGGGCACGGCCAUGUUAAGGGCGCAGCUUUCCGUGUGUUGCAUUGUUUCUGGUCCUCCGGCUGAAUUCAACAUUGAAGCGGGAGUGCACGUGGAGAAGCACGAUUUAAGGGACUGUUUUUCAGCUUGAACAUGGAAGUGGAGAGGCUGAGGGAUGAAAUGUUUAAGAAGAAGGAGAAGGAGGUGGAGAGGCUGAGAGAUGAAUUAUUCAAGAAGGAGCAGGAAGUGCAGAGGUUAAAGGCAGUGGUUGUCAACUUACAACAGGAUUCUCGUUCUGGAAAUACAUUUUCAUUACUGAAACAAGUAACAGAGAUGCCUCCAUUGGAAGAAAAAUCUCUCUCUAAUGAAGAAAUCCUGAGAUACAGCAGACAGCUCAUCAUCCCAGAGUUUGGAGUCAAAGGUCAGCUGAAUCUGUCUAAGAAGGCUGUUCUGAUUGUUGGAUGUGGAGGUCUAGGCUGCCCUGCAGCUCAGUACUUGGCUGCUGCAGGCAUUGGUCGAUUAGGACUCCUUGAUUAUGAUGAUGUGGAGCUUACUAACCUACAGAGACAGAUUCUCCAUACAGAAGAUAAGUUAGGCGUGCCAAAGGCAUUGUCUGCAGCAAUCAGAAUAAGUCAGCUAAAUUCAAAUGUUGAAUGCAUACCAUAUCAUUUUCAGUUGAGCUACAAGAAUGCAAGGCAACUUAUUCAACAAUAUGACAUUGUAGUGGAUUGCUCUGACAAUGUCCCUACACGGUUUCUUGUCAAUGACGCUUGUGUUCUGAAUGGGAAGCCACUGGUAUCAGCUAGUGCUCUAAGGAUGGAGGGACAGCUCACAGUAUAUAACUACAACGGUGGCCCUUGUUAUAGAUGCCUCUAUCCAAAACCACCUCCAGCUGAGACUGUAACUAAUUGUUCUGACGGUGGAGUCUUGGGAAUAGUGCCUGGGAUUCUGGGAUGUAUUCAGGCGCUGGAGGUGCUGAAGAUUGCGUCAGGGAUAGGAUCAUCUUACAGCCAACAGAUGUUAAUAUUUGAUGCACUGGAAGCUCGAUUUCGCACAAUUAAGCUUCGCUCCAAGCAGCCAACAUGUGCAGUGUGUGGUGACAAUCCAACAGUGAAAGAUCUGAUUGACUAUGAAAAGUUCUGUGGCUCAGCAGCAACAGAUCAGUGUAGGACACUUCAUUUAUUAACUGGAGAACAAAGAAUAACUGUACAGGAAUAUAAACAGCUUUUGGAUCAAGGUGUUCCUCAUAUUCUGGUAGAUGUUCGUCCUCAGGUGGAAGUUGAUAUUUGCAAACUACCUCAUUCCAUUUAUUUUCCAUUGGCUAAAUUAGAGGAAAAGAAUACUGAAUACAUGAAGCUUUUACAGAAUCGCAUCAUCACAAGUAGAAAGGAGGCAGUAGAUGAAACAGCUGCUUUCCCAGUCUAUGUUAUCUGUAAACAAGGGAAUGAUUCCCAGAAGGCUGUUAAGAUCCUGCAAGAGAUACUUGACAAUGAGCUCUCCUCGUUAUCGGUGAAGGAUAUCCAGGGUGGCCUAAUGGCUUGGGCUUGUAAGAUUGAUCCAACUUUCCCACAAUAUUGAUUGCCUUCUCUUUCUCAUGUUUCCAGCAAUCAUUUAACACAAUUUUUAAAAAAUUAAAAUGCAUUAUUUAUUCAAUGCACUGUUAAUUGUCAAUAGAUGCAAAUGGGAAGUUAUUUUAACAUUCAGAUUUAUUUUGUUUGAAAUAUCAAUGAAGGAAAGAUAAUGCAUGUACUAUUUUCUGUAUUGGAUGUAUGUAAACUGGUUAAUAAGGAUGCAAGCAAUUUGGCAAUGAGAUAAAAGUGUACAGAAAAUCUCACUGGUUAGGGUUGAUUAAUUUUACUAAGUGUCUUGUUUACAAACCAAAUGCUGUGCUGUCACAUGACUAAUUAUGGAGUAUUGAGAAAAAGUCAAAAUUAAUCCUUGUGAUUUAUUGGUCAAUUAAAUCUUAAAUGGAGCAAAUGACAUAUGCA